CCCCGACGCUCGCCAUCAACCACCUCUUCGCUAUGACGCAAGGCAACACAGCAAAACGCGACUGGCUCACGGAAUGGAAAAAGAUCGCGGCACGCCCGAUCUAGAAUUGCCAUUUUCGCAUCUGCGCCGAGAGUUCUACAACUGGUCAUGUGCCGCCUUGAGCCUUGCACUUGGUGAUCGCGAGCAAUACGCAACCUUCGCUGAAAUCAUCGACAAGGCAAGGGAGAUCAUCAAGACCAAUAGGGCAGCUGCACAUGAGAAAUCAGCAUGGCAGCCAACCUAUGUGGAGAAGGUGAAAACUGGUCCGCGGCCGCAGCAUGUCGCUGCAGUCCAAUCGGACAACAUUGUGGAAGACCCGGCAGCCACCCAAGCGUCGCGUGAGGCAGAUCAGGUGGCUGCUGACCAGCCGCGAAGCAACAACAAGUCCCCAGGAAACAGGAAGGCGAAAACCGCAUCGCCAGCUGGAAACGGACAGCCGGCACCAUGGGUCAAGUUUCACUUGACCGAGGCGGAAUACAAGUGGCGCGGCCGCUACGGCUGCUGCUAUUGGUGCAACAGCACCAAGCACAAGACCUCCCAAUGCCCGGAUCAAGGCAAGGAGGAUGUUCGGCCUCUACCAACUCCGUUGAUGGACGCCAGAGUAGAGGUUGUUGACCUUCACAAUUACAUUGCGAAGAUCGACCGCGAGUUCAGGACACAACGGACUUUAUGGUACGCGCCGGCCUUGGCCCACGCAUGUGGAGGAAGUCCCAGCCUACGCAAGUCACGUUGGCAGACGGUCACACGCACAAGUCAAUCGACCGGGGCAUUGAUGACGUCCCCGUGUACUUCGCACCCGCAUGCAAGCGAGGCGGUGUCCUUCGAUAUUUUGGACACCAAAUUCGACAUGACCUUGGGCAUGUCAUGGCUGCGAAGCGAGGAUCACCCGGUGAACUUCUACUGCUGCACCGUUCACGUUCGUGAUCGGAACGGAGUACUAGUCCCAUGCACGGUACCUCCUCCUCACCCUUCGAUCAACUGUCACGUGGUGUCCGCCGCAAGCAUGCGAGCUUCCAUCAUCAGAGACGACAUCGAGGAGAUGGGGGUGUGCUUUCUCCACGCCCUCCCGCCCCAUGACGCUUCAUCGACGGACUCAUCUUCCGACCCACGCAUCACCGAGCUUCUCGACGCCUACGGCGACGUGUUCGAAGGCCCGCACGGAGUAGUACCGGAUCGGCCCAUCCGCCAUGACAUCAUCCUCGAGCACAGGGUUGUACCUCCGCGUGGUUGCAUCUACCGAAUGAGCGAGGAAGAGCUAAGUGUGCUACGGGCACAACUCGACGACCUUCUUGAGAAAGGCUGGAUUCGGCCUAGCUCCUCGCCAUACGGUGCUCCCGUUCUCUUCGUCCAGAAGAAGAACAAGGAUUUGCGGUUGUGCAUCGAUUAUCGCAAGCUCGACACGCAAACGGUCAAGAACGUCGGCCCUCUUCCGCGCAUCGACGACCUUCUCGAACGGCUAGGCGGCGCCAAGUUUUACUCCAAGCUCGACCUCAAGUUGGGAUAUCACCAACUCGAGAUUCGGCAAGAGGACCGCUACAAGACCGCAUUUAAGACGCGAUAUGGGCAUUUCGAAUGGCUGGUUAUGCCGUUUGGCCUUACGAAUGCCCCAGCCACUUUCCAAGCGGCUAUGACAAUGGAGUUCCGACACAUGCUGGAUCGAUUCGUACUUAUCUACCUCGACGACAUUUUGGUGUACAGUCGGAGUUUGGACGACCAUGUGGAGUACCUGCGCACCGUUUUGGAGCAGCUACGACAAGCCAAGUACAAAGCCAACUGCGACAAAUGCGAAUUCGCAUGGCAGGAGCUGGAGUACUUGGGACAUUAUGUGACGCCGCAAGGCAUCCGUCCGCUUGCGGACAAGAUCGAGGCCCUCCGCGUAUGGCCCGAGCCCACCAACACCACGGACGUCCGUUCAUUCAUGGGGUUGGCCGGCUACUAUCAGCGAUUCAUCACCGGGUACUCAAGAAUUGCUGCACCUAUGACGAGAUUACAAUCGCCAAAGGUGCCAUUCGUAUUCGAUCACGACGCACGCCGGUCAUUCCAAGCACUUAAGGCCAUGCUCAUGGCACCCGUCCUUAGCAUCUAUGACCCCACCCUGCCUAUGAGAGUGACAACUGACGCUUCCGGCUAUGGCAUUGGGGCAGUCUUGGAACAACACGACGGCGACGACUGGCACCCUGUGGAGUAUUUCAGCGACAAAGUGCCUCCCAUUAAUUCGCUUGAUGAUGCAAGGAAGAAGGAGCUGCUUGCGUUCGUGAUGGCUCUCAAGCGAUGGCGGCACUUCCUCCUUGGGCGUCGAAGGUUCACAUGGGUCACGGACAACAACCCAUUGACCUACUACAAGACGCAGGAUACGGUGAGCAGCACGAUCAGACGAUGGAUGUACUUCAUCGACCAAUUUAACUUCACACCGAAACACCUCCCCGGCCUCUCCAACCGCGCGGCAGAUGCACUCUCGCGAAUACCCGAUCUUUGCGCUAUGACACAUCAUGCCUUCGCAUUCGACGAGGAACUCCAACGACACUUCAUCCGGGGCUAUGAGUCUGAUCCGGAUUUCGCCACGUUGUAUGCGCAACUUUCUUCGGAUCACCUGCCGGCCAGCCAAUAUCGCAUCGCAGACGGGUACUUGCUCCUCCAAACGAGAGGCAAGGACUUAUUGUGUGUCCCACACGACCGUCGUUUUCGCACUCGCCUUCUUGGUGAGUACCAUGACUCGCGACUCGCCGGCCAUUUAGAAGUCAAUCGCACUAUUGCACGGCUUCGACAACGAUUCCGAUGGCCCGACCUCAUUACCGAUGUCACUCGGUAUUGCGACUCUUGCGAAGUUUGCCAGCGAAGCAAGCCCCGCAAUCGCAACCCCUACGGUGAGUUGCGCCCGAUGCCUAUCCCAUGGGAACCCGGCCUCUCCAUUGCCAUGGAUGUCACCGGACCAUUUCCCCGCAAUCGCCUCGGGCACGACGGCAUCCUCACGGUUGUGGACCGUUUGAGUAAGUAUGCGCGUUUUCUCCCUUGCAAGUACUACUCCACGGCUCCCGAGCUGGAGUCCGACACGAAGAUGAAACCAAGUUCGGCUCGGCAUCCACAAACGGACGGGCAAACGGAGCGGGCACAUCAAACCGCUCAAAUGAUGCUGCGUACGCUCAUCCGUCCGGAUCAGAAAGAUUGGGUUGACCGCCUCCCCGACAUCGAGUUCGCCUACAACACUUCGGUGCACCCGGUGAUCGGCGUGACUCCAUUCGAGUUGGACCACGGUGAACGGAAAGACCGUAUCUUCGCCGAUCUGCUCCUCCCACGACCAGCCGACAUCGACGCCGCUUGCUCUCCCACUUCCGUCCGGAAGUACAGGGCAUUGCUGGCUCAAGCCCGCACGAACAUGCAAAAGGCUCAAGUCCGCAUGCAGCAGCAAGCCAAUAGGCGUCGCGUGCCAUGUCCCAUCCGCGCCGGUGAUCUGGUUUGGGUCUCCGCGGAAGAGUUUGCACUGGAACAGGAUGUUUCACGCAAACUGCUUCCCAAGUGGUUUGGACCAUGGCCUGUAACAUCAGCCGCGGGCAAUGAGCCCGAUGGCCCUUCAUUUGUGAUCAACAUCCCUCCGCAUCUGACGGUCCAUCCAGUCUUUCACGCCUCAAAGUUGGCGACAUACACACCAGCUAAGAGCGACGACUUCCCGGGCCGACGAUCGCAGGACCCUCCUUCUAUGGAUGGUCAUCAGGAAGUUGACCGCGUCAUCACGGAUUGCAAGUACGGCAGCAAGCCUCGAUAGUACAAAGUUACAUUCAAAGCAUGUGAUCCCGACGACACUCUGUGGAUUUCAGGAACAGAUUUGAAAGCAUCCGCACCGCUGAUCUACGCU